UUUUUUUUUUUUUUUUAAAUAUCGUUUAGCUAAAUAUUUUUGCAGCGCUUGAACUACAAAGUUCAUAAUAAUUCCAUUUUAAUUUUAACUUGCAAUAGGAAUUAUCAAGACAAUCAGAAUUGCUUUGUAUUGUAAAGAAUCACUUCUAUACUGUGUACGAUUUGCUGUUAAUUGUGAAGGGGAGUAUAUUUUAAUGAUUCGCAUUUUGUGAGCAUGCCAGUGCCGAGCCGUUCAGCUAUGGCAGCUCCCCUCCAGCUGCAGAGCACCGCACUUUCUCAAGAAGUUGCCCGGACAGGAGGAUCCUCUUUCGGCUACGCGAGGUUUUCCCUGGUGGUCCUGCUGCUGUUUUUAUCGUUCGGCGGAUCUGAGAGUUUCUGUAUAUGGAGGCAUGAAUGGGAAACGGGGGCGGCGCCCCUAAGAGGGUCUUAUGGUAUCCCAGGAUUGGCUGAAGGGUUCUCCCUGGGCGGGGCCAGCAGACAGAAGCGAUACACCAUCAACCCCAUGGAGCACAAGUGGGACCACUUCAACAUUACCUACAAGAUCUCCAAGUUUCCCAACACCCUGAACAAGGACGACACUCGGAAAGCCAUCGGCAUUGCGUUCCGAAUGUGGAGCGAUGUGUCUCCGCUGGGAUUCACUGAGCUUCCUGCAGAGAGCCACACUGACAUCGACAUAGGGUUCUACACCUUCAACCACACGGACUGCUGGUUCUCUCCGCUGCACCCCUGCUUCGACGGGCUCAACGGGGAGCUGGCCCACGCCUUCCUGCCCCCCCGCGGGGAGAUCCACUUCGACAACCACGAGUUCUGGAUCCUGGGCAAGUCCCGCUUCAGCUGGAAGCAAGGGGUCUGGCUGAACGAUCUGGUCCAGGUGGCUGCCCACGAGAUCGGCCACGCUCUGGGGCUGUGGCACUCCCGCAACCAGCAGGCCCUCAUGCACCCCAACGCCACCUACACGGGGCAGCGGCACAUCAGCCAGGAUGACAUCUGGGGCAUCCAGCGGCUCUAUGGCUGUGUGGAUAAGAAGCGACUGUGUGACCCCUGGGCGCGGGUUGGCUUCUGUGAGAGGCGCCGAGCCUUCAUGAAGAAACUCUGCCCCAGGAUCUGUGACAUGUGCUUCGAGCCUCCUGAACUGGAACUCACCACAGCGACCCCCCACUCUAACAUGAAGACCAUGUUA